AUGAGUUGCUUACUUUGGACCUUGGACUAUAUUAGAGAUCAUGAAAACGCUUCCAAUGAAGAAGCCAUUGAAGCAACUAUGCAAAAGCUAACGUCAAUAAAUUCACAUGCACCCACUACAGCAACAGCAUCAACAACCGGUUGUUCAUGCUUCAUUCUACGACACAACAUAUAUAAACACCCAGGAGAAGCGCACGAAACGCUAUCCUUAUUACCCCGUCUAUUAUUAGACGUGGAAAAAACCCGACGAAAAAUAGCACAAGAUUGCUUAGUACGCAUUUUCCAAAAGGAUGUUGUUAAUAACACGGUGGUGUACGCACAGGAGGAAAACGGACAAAUGAUAGAGUUAUUCGAGUGUACUUGUAAUAGAGUGCUAAACGAAAGAUUGCUGGAAUUUUCUCAUAAAUACAAUAACGAUGUUGAUAAUAGCAAUCAUAAUGACAGAAAGAUGUAUACAAAUAUGAUACGAGAAAAGCAAAAUUUGAUCCUGAUACAAACGAUGAAAGCGGACCUAAGCCCAAUAGAUUGGCUCGGCACGCUUAACGACCUGUUUCCCAUCAUACCGAACGCCAAUACUCGACUACUGGAACAAGAAAACCUUCAAUACCCAUUACACCGUUUCCAUUUACUACGACCUCAUUUCAUACAGCUAUUCUCAACUGUCGAAGAUUUUGUGGCGUCACAGCUCGGUAGGCGAGCGAACAGGUCGAAGUCCAAAGCUCGAUCUUUAACAGAUUCUCUUAUUAAUGAUGUCGUAAUUAUUGUAAAAGAAUAUCUGGAUCGGUAUCACGAUCAUAUAAAAGAAAUGUCCGAAUAUGUGAAUCCGUUAUUCGAAGAGUUAAAUAAACAAAAAGUAUCCGAAAUAAUGUCUUUAUUAGAUCAGGUGUCUAAUUUUUGUACUAAUCGAGAUCAAGAAGAGGAUAAUGAAUAA